UCCUGAGACGUUUUUGUUGGAUUUAAACAGGAAGUGUCUAUAGUUAGUCUUGUAGCUCAAAAUUACAUUUACGGUUCCGUCAAGGAUUUGCAGAGUUAAUUGCAUUUGUUAUACCAAGGUUUCUAGACAAAAGUCAACCAUUGUUACUUACAAUUUCAGUCGGAUACAUGUAGCCAGCCAGUCAGCCAGAGAUUAGUGCGACACAAGCGCAGAACCUACAAAAGGGGUCGAUUGACUGCGUGAUUAUGAUGAGUGCUACAGCCGUUUGUACUUACUAGCGUGGUAUCUUACGAAUGGUUUAGAGUGAUAAAAUAACUAGCAUCUGGUUGUAACAUAUUCACGUUGGGUGAAGAUGACAUUACAAGUGGGUUGCCUAUCAUUCAGGCAGCCGUACGCGGGGUUAGUACUUAAUGGUGUAAAAAGUAUUGAGACACGUUGGCGCCCCUUGUUGUCCGCAAUGGAAAACUGCACUCUAGCUAUUCAUAUUGCGCAGAAGGACUGGGAGGGCGACCAGUGGAGAGACAUGCUCACCAAUACACUUGGAAUGAGCCAUAUGCAAAUAGAGGAGCUUCUGGGUUCAGGUGACAGAUUCGGCCGUGGAGUCGUGGCAGGCUUGGUGGAGGUGGGGGAGACUUGGUGCUGCUCUGACAAUGUGCCAGAGGAGGAUCUGAGGGAGCUGGAGAAGGCAGCAGUGCUCACUGGGCUCACAGAGAAACACCUGACACAGCUGUCAAACCCACGCUGGCUCAAGGAACCCCUUUAUGCCAGAGGUCACAAAGACAUUUGGACAGUGGACAUCCCAGUACAAUUACUGCCAUCUGCGUAGAGUAGUUGUAAAAUAAUGUAUACUAACACGUUUCAGAGAUGCCACAGGAGCUUUAAGGUGGAAUAAAUUACCAAUGGACUGCA